ACGGCAGGACCCGUCGCGGCGCGGCGGGGGGCGGGCGGCGGGCGGCGGCUGCGGCGCGACAGGACGACCGUGGUCGGGGGCGGCGACGGACGGGUGACGGCGGCUGCACUGAGGAGACACCUGCUGCGCUGAGAUCCCCGUCAUGGCCGAGGAGCUGUUCAGGAGGUGGCCCGUGUCGGAGGAGAAGCGGCGCCGCAUGGACGCCGCCUAUCCUGUGUUCGCCGGGGACGGCGGCCAGGCUCCGUUCGGCCCGUCCGGCUACAUGCUGCCUGUGGACGCCGAGCCGUUCCUGCGCCAGUACGUGCAGACGCCCGUCGAUCCGGGAGACGUGUGGAUCGUCACGCUGCCCAAGUGUGGCACGACAUGGACACAGGAGAUGGUGUGGCUGAUCCAGAACGACUGCGACUACAAGGGGGCGCAGUGCCUGCUGUGUCCCGACCGGUACCAGUUUCUUGAGAUCGCCUGCAUCUCAGCUCCACAUCAGCGAGAAGAGGUUCGCCAGGGCAACAACCCGAUCAGCAAACGAAACAUGUUCUCGCGGGUCGAGGAGCGACCCAAGCCCUGGUUCGUCAAGACCCACCUGCCUCUUCACUACUGUCCGCCGGCACUGCUGGAACGGGGAAAGGUGAUAUAUGUGGCAAGAAACCCCAAAGACAUGUGCAUUUCAUACUUCAACCACCUGAAGGUAUUCGAAGAGAGGGAUCCUGACCUGCCCCUAGAUGAGUUUGCCGACCUAUUCAUGGCAGGCGAAGUGAACCAGCUGCCGUACUUCCCUCAUGUUCUAGAAGCAUGGAAGCAGCGGCAUAAUCCCAACCUGCUCUUCCUCUUCUUCGAAGACAUGAAGCGCGAUCUGAGAGGCACUAUCCAGAAGGUGGCUGACUUCUUGGGCAAGUCGCUCACGAAGGAGCAACUGGAUGGGCUUGAGUUUAACCUCCACUUCGACAGCAUGAAGAAGAACCCAUGGGUCAACAAGAGCAUGGCUUAUGCCUACUCCCCACUGACAGCUGAAGAGCUCGAGGCAAUGGCGGCCAAAGAGCCGCCACCGCAGUUUAUGCGGAAAGGACAAACGGGAGACUGGAGAAAUCACAUGAGCCAGCAGACAUCGGACAAAAUGGACGCCUGGAUUCAGAGGGAACUCGCCGGCUCCGACCUGAAGUUCAUCACCGGCUAACAUGCUCAUACAAGGGUGAUCAGGGAGAGUGUCGAGCUUUUAUACACCUACAUACCGAUUCGUGUUGACGCAUUGUAGUCCGAACUUAGAAUACACCUGUGCCUGUUCUUAGAAUAGGUGCAAAUGUACUAGUAGAUACUAAGCCUGCCGAUGAAGCAUGCUUCUAAAGUUAAAUGCUGUUUAACUAUGGUGCGAUACCGUAGGUACAUGUUUCUAUAAACGCACACAUUGAACGAUAGGAAACAAUAUAAUGCCUCGAUAUUCGACGCAUGGUCAAUUGCCGUAGCACUCAGUAAUGGGUAGUUAAGUGGUGUUUCCUAGCCGUCGCGGGUGAUGUUUAUGGCGAUUUAAAAAUGCAGAAUAUGUAAGCUACUUGUGCGCUGACAAAUGCAGAAUAAUUGUUGGGUUUCGGAAAGAGACACAUACCCUCGUCUUCUUGUUUAAUUAAGAUUGUAAACUUGUUGAACUUAAAGUGAGAGUUUGCUAACUGAUUGUUAAGUCGGUCGAUAUAGAUCAUGAUAUGUUAUAGGUGCUUCACCUGUUGAAUAAAUAAUAUAUGCGUAAUCAUUA